AUGAUGAAGCUGCUUCUUUCUCUGACUCUCAUCUGGGCGUUCUCCAGCACAGGUGAAGCACUUGUGUGUCAAACUUGCACAAAUGCUGCCUGUUCAACCACAGCAGCAGUUCCAUGUCCCACAGGCACGAUGUGUAUCACAGCUUCCAUUCAAGCCGUUUCAUCUGGGACUCCUGGACAGCAAAUCUACAAGGCCUGUGCCCCCCCCUCCCUGUGUCCAUCCACAGGCUCUCAGACAUUUUCAGUUAACUUGGGUGUUUCGAGUGCACUUGCAAGUGCUACAUGCUGCAGCACAGACAACUGCAACUCCAACACUCUGCCUUUCCCUGUGGUUCCAGCAGGUAACAGUCUACUGUGUCACGUUUGUAACCCCAUCACCUCUGACUGCAGCUCUUUAGUACCAUGUUGGGGAACAGAGGAUCGCUGCUUUCAAGCCAGUGUGACAAAUUUGGCAGGCACUUCUCCAGCUUUUGGCUGUGCAUCUACAAAUAUGUGUGCAGCUGCUGCCAGCCUGAAGUCACUGCCUUUCAUGCAAGAUGUUGGUACCAUUACCAGUGGACCAGCCUGUUGUGGGACUAGUUUGUGUAACACUCUCACUGCACCAACUACUACAACCACUUCCCCAACUACACAACCACCGCCCCAACUACACAACCACUGCCCCUACUACAGCAACCACCGCUCCAACUACAGUAACCACUGCCCCUACUACAGCAACCACCGCCCCUACUACAGCAACCACUGCCCCAACUACAGCAACCACUGCCCCUACUACAGCAACCACCGCUCCAACUACAGUAACCACUGCCCCUACUACUGCAACCACCGCCCCUACUACAGCAACCACUGCCCCUACAACUGCAACCACUGCCCCAACUACAGCGCAGAUUCACUAUUGGAGCAGCUAUUCUCCCAGGAUCCCUCCUCUGAGCCCGAAGAGGACGCAAAAGAGGCAGACCGAGAAGCGGAUGGACAACCAGAUGGAGGAGCAGACUGGGAAGAAGACAGAGAUGACUUUGAGGACGACGUGGAGGACAACUUGGAGGAUGAGGUAGAAGAUAACGGAGACGACAAGGACUACGACCUAGUGGGUGACGCUUCUGCAGAUUCGUCAUCCUUGGAGGAAGAAGAAGAGGGACAAGACCAUGGCUGCACCACCACCCCCACCGGACUCGUGGAAGGAGAGACCUUCCAGUGA